CUUUAAAUCCGGAGAACUCAAGCGUUCAACGAAUCAAAGGCCGGGUCGUUAUUUUCUCACAAGCAAAAGGAAAAACUAGUCCACAUUGAUGAACCACCACUAGAAAAAUUCUUGAAGCACAGUCCCACACUUUUCCUAUCGAUCCCAAACCCUUCUUUAUUAUAUAAAUCUGAAAAGAAACACUCAGGUUUCUUUAAAUCGAGAGAUAUGGCUUCUAGUUCAAGAAGAGAUAUGGCUUCUAGUUCAAGAAGAGAUAUGGACGUGUCUCUCUUCUUCUUUUUCUCCUUCCUCUUAACUCUCACUGCUUUAGUGGAAUCUGCUGGCCGUGGAGUUACCAACAAUGAUAACAAAAAUGGAGGAUUAGGAGCUUCGUUUAUAUUUGGAGAUUCUCUAGUCGAUGCUGGUAAUAAUAACUAUCUACCGACCUUGUCUAGGGCCAAUAUGCAGCCUAAUGGUAUCGACUUCAAAGCCUCCGGAGGCAACCCUACCGGUCGGUUUACUAAUGGCCGGACCAUUGGUGACAUUGUUGGGGAAGAACUUGGAUCAGCGAACUAUGCUAUCCCAUUCUUAGCACCAAACGCUACCGGAAAAGCUUUACUAGCCGGUGUAAAUUACGCAUCCGGAGGAGGAGGAAUCAUGAAUGCAACCGGAAGAAUCUUUGUGAAUAGAUUAGGUAUGGAUGUACAAGUCGAUUUCUUCAACACCACACGUAAACAAUUCGAUGACUUACUUGGAAAAGAGAAAGCAAAAGAGUAUAUAAGCAAGAAAUCAAUAUUCUCCAUCACCAUCGGAGCCAACGACUUCCUCAACAACUAUCUAUUCCCACUUCUCUCCGUCGGAACACGUCUCACUCAAACUCCUGAUAAUUUUAUUGACGACAUGCUCGACCAUCUUCGCGACCAACUAACCAGGUUGUAUCAAUUGGAUGCAAGAAAGUUUGUGAUCGGGAACGUUGGACCGAUCGGAUGCAUACCGUACCAGAAAACGAUUAAUCAACUAAAUGAAAAUGAGUGUGUGGAUCUGGCUAAUAAGCUAGCAAAUCAAUACAAUGUUCGACUUAAGAUUUUAUUAGAGGACCUAAACAAGAAGCUUCCCGGAGCAAUGUUCGUGCAUGCCAAUGUCUACGAUCUCGUCAUGGAACUCAUUACUAAUUACGACAAAUACGGGUUCAAAACGGCGACAAAGGCUUGUUGCGGUAAUGGAGGACAAUUCGCGGGUAUAAUACCAUGUGGACCGACAUCGAGCAUGUGCGACGAAAGGGACAAGUAUGUGUUUUGGGAUCCUUAUCAUCCGAGUGAAGCAGCCAAUGUUAUCAUCGCGAAGCAAUUGUUGUAUGGUGAUGUUAAAGUCAUCUCUCCGGUUAAUCUCAGUAAACUUAGAGAUAUGUGAUUUGAUUGUUUGGAGAUCCUACACUUCAUUUCUUGCAUUUACGUAUGCUUUACGCGAAGUUAAAACCGAUCUAUGUAUGUAAAUGUAUGUGAUGUGGCUUUAAUUUAAGUGACAAGAUGUACUAAAAAAAUUAAAAUGUAUGUUGACCCAAAAAGAAAGAAAUCUAUGUUUUUUCAGAUUCCCUUUACGUUUACGAGUUUAAUACAUUGUUACACAAAGUUACUGAUGGAGCUAUCCGAUGCCCAAUACAAUUUACAAUGUCAGUGUUUACAAUUUACAAAUAUUUAUCCAUAAAACUGUUAUUAUUGCUGGGAAUAUCAUAAAAUCAUUUGUACUUGCUCUUGCUAAAGUCGUAAGUCGAGGUUUGACAAUCGUAAAAAAUUAGGUGGUUAUAAUGUUUUGCUAAAAACCGUUUAUAAUCUAUAGAUUGAGAAUCUAUUACUAAUUUUAUAUGAUCCUACAUGGUCACACCUAAACAAAUUGGAUCAAUAAUAUAUAUUGGAAUUAUGGGAAUGAAAUCAUAAUGUAUAUAUAUGUGUUUUAUAGGAUAUAACAAUUAGGCCUAGGCAUUUCGGGUAUCCGUUCGGUUCGGUUCGGAUAUUUCGGGUUUUGGGUAGU